CUAAAUCUUGUGGCAUGCAAUUGACGGGGGUGGGGUAUAUUUGGGCCGGGCUGGGGGUGGAGGUUUACUGGGGUGUUAGGGGGAGUAAAAACCAUCAAUUUUUCGAACGAAGCAUCGUAUGAACCUCGGGUCAUCCAAUGACAUUGAAUCUCAAUGUCAUGGGAACCAAGGUGUAUUAUUAUCGAGGUUUCAUUAUUAUACUCUGUAUCAUCACUCUGUUCUAUAUUCCGCAGUUUAAUACUUCUUCCAUCCUUCAAAGUCUUUCUUAUUUUGAUUUUUAUGGGAUUUAAAGAAAAGAUAUUUUUUGCGUUCAUUUUUUCCCUUCAAAUUACCCUUGAUGCAAUGUUUAAAAAGAAUGUAAAAUAUUAUUGGAAGAAGAGGAGUAUAUAUUGCUAUGUAGGUGAAUGUUUGGGGAUAUAUAUAUAUAUAUAUAUAUAUAUAUAUAUAUAUAUAUAUAGGUGGCAAACAUUAUUUUCUUGGACUUACCGGUGGGGACGGGCUUCUCCUAUGCCACAAACCAAGCCGCUCAUCGGUCAAAUUCUACUCAGGCGUGCCAACAUGCAUAUGAUUUUUUGCGCAAGUGGCUAAGUGAGAAUCAAGAAUUUGUAGCAAAUCCAUUCUAUGUGACGGGUGACUCUUAUGCUGGUGAACUCAUUCCAAUCAUCACUCAAAUUAUAUCAGAUAGAAAGUCUCCAGCUCAAUUCUAUUUAUUUAUUUCUUUAUUUAAUUAUUUACCCAGAGUAUUCAUUUAUUUAUAUAUACCUCUCACAACUUCACCCUUUCCUAAAAUUCCAGGGAAUGAAAAUGGAAUGAAUUACCAAAUCAAUCUACAGGGGUACAUACUUGGCAAUCCAUUAACCUUCCCGGAGGAAGCUGACUACAAAUUCCCCUACGCUCACGGAAUGGGUCUCAUUUCUGAUGAGCUUUUCGAGUCGUUGAAGAAGAAUUGCCAAGGUGUGUCGUAUCUAAACAUUAACCCAGAAAACGUCAAGUGUUACGCCGACUUCCAAACGUUCAAAAAGUUGACAAGCAUAGUUUAUGAGGAUCAUAUUUUAGAGGCAAAAUGCAACGAAACCUUUGGUGGACAUUUGAGGAGGUCGAAAGAGGGCUUCGAGUUUUCUGCACAAAGAAAGUUGCUUAUGGAAAAGUCUAACCAAAACAAUAAUCUUCAUGGUACUUCCAUUCUAGGCCCUGAAUGUUUUCGGGCACAAUGGUAUGAUUUGUCAUACCUUUGGGCGAAUGAAGAGAUGGUUCGAGACGCGCUCCAUGUCAGAAAGGAAUCUAUGGGAGAAUGGAGACGAUGUAACUCCGAUUUGGAUUAUGUAUACGCGAGGGAUGAUGUAACGCCGUAUCACGCAAAUCUCAGCGCCAAAGGCUACAGAUCACUCAUUUACAGCGGAGAUCACGACUUCACCAUACCCUUCCUUUCGACACAAGCAUGGAUUCGAUCUCUAAACUAUUCCACUGUUGAUGAGUGGCGGCCAUGGAUGGGUGAAGACCAACAAGUUGCAGGGUAUACGAGGAGUUACACGAAUAAGAUGACAUUCGCAACGGUAAAGGGAGGGGGUCACACGGCACCUGAGUACAAACCAAAGGAGUGCCUUGCCAUGUUGACAAGGUGGCUUUCCUAUCAACCACUUUGAUCACAUGUGUAAAUGUGUAAUAGUAGGUCUCUACUAUAAGGACUUUUUUAGGGCACCCAAAAGAUGAUCUCAAGUUUGUUAUUUUAUUCUCGAUCAUCACCAACACGCUUAAAUAAUAGUUGUGUGUUUGUGCGAAGGACGAUAUAUAACAAAUUUCGAGAUCAUACACGAGGUGCCCCUAGCAUUUAUUUACUCUAUCAUAUACACAUUGUUUGCAUAUUUAAAAAAAACGCUCCCUUUGUUGGACAGAGGAGGUGAAUAUACUCCGUACGAUGUAUCCAUUAUUCCUAUUCGUGCUUUGAAUAUUCGUCCUUCAUACAAAUACACAACUAUUAUUGGA